AUGCCUUAGGAUUCAUAAUUUUUCAAGAUGAACUUCGGGAAUCAGAAAAUGUCACUAGACUAUCAUGACCUAAGUUAAGAUCUUAAAGACACCCAAAGGAUUUCUUAAUAGCAGCCUAGAGCUUUGAACAACGAUCUUUAAAACCUAUUGGAAAUUUCCCCUAAGAUUAAAUCUAAACGUAUUAGGAGAUAAUCAAUCAAAGGAGGUGGAAUUAAUUAUUAAGGUUAAGUAGGGAGUAUACUAAAUAUACAAGGUGGAGCUCAUAACUUAGUCCUUAUUUAGGAUAAUGAAGAGAUGAAUACUUAAAAUUACAAUGAUAUUAAUAAUACUCAAAAUAUAGAAACUACUUUCUCAACUUAGUUACAUGGUGAAACAAAUAUGAGAACACCUGUUCUAAGACUAAUAAAAAAUUCUUAUAAAGCCAAGCCACUUAGAUAUACCUCUGAACAUAGUAAUAAUCAAGUAGGAUCUGAUAAUUAAAGCCAGUUUUUCGAUCAUAGAAGCAGUCAAAACACUCUUAAUGUUUCAAUAUAUGGAGGUGAAUAUCAUUUAGAUGAAUCUAAUCAGAACAAUCUAAAUCAACUUAAUAGGAGUGUCUAGAAUAUAAACUUAGACAAUCAAAGUCAGAUUAAUAAAAAUAAUACGAACUAGCUUAAUGCAUCCUAUGUUUCACUUUAAAAGCUCUAAACUAGUGGCAAUAGCCUUUAAAACCUUCCAAAGCUAUUUAACUUUUGUAGUAUUCAACAUAAUCUUGACCAGGGAUAAUCCCUUAGAGGAAAAAGCAAUUAGACUAUUUCAACCAAACUAUUUGUUCCUACUUAGCAAUACAAAAAUCCUUAGAGAUUUUUCUAAAAACCAUAGCUACUAAGAACAGGUCUUGAAUUAAGCAGAAGAUUAGAGAACAGCAAUAAGGACUUAAAUUCAAGUGGAGGUGAUCACAUUAAUAACAGUAAAGAUGGUAGUAAAAACAAUCAGAAUCAGCUGAACAAGUUCAUAAUCGAGCUAAAUCAUUAAUAAUCAUAAAUAAAUGCUAAAGCUUUAAAAAACAUUGAAAAUGAACUAAACAGAGCCAGUAUUUCUAAAGAUGUACAGAAGCCUCUUUAGAAAGCCUAAUUAUUCCAAAACAUUAAGUUCAAAGAACUGAGUAAAAAUAUUUAGGAUAAGAUUAAACUUUCUUAAAAUGACAAGAAAAAACCCAAAGUAUAAGAAAUCACUAUUUAGUAAGAGUAAAUUUUAACUGAUUAAGAAUUCCUGAGACUUAGACGAAGCCUUUAACUUCGCAAACUUAAGGACUUUAUUCAGAAAAAGAAUCAGAAAAUCCGCAGGAGAUACGAAGAAAUGAUUAACAAUAGAAACAUAGUAAUUUAACAGCGUGAACAUAGUAGAAUUACUUUUAUGUUAGAAAGUGUUCAAGUUAAGGAUAAUAUAGGCAAUACGAAUACUUAGUUGACUCCACUGAAUACACAGGGAAUGAAGCAUCACCUAGAUUUAACUUAGAUCUCUAAGAAUAAUGUAAGACACAGUGUAGAUGGAAAUAAUAUAUAGACUAUUGAGUUAUACAGAGAUACCCAUUCUAGCAACAGAAUAGAUAAUAGCAGCUAGGAAAGAGAUGAAGAAACUUAUAUGCAGUUUUAAGAACCUAUUUAUAAUGAUCAGUAUGUAGGCUAAACAAAUCGUAGGCAAGUCUUUCAAGUCAUCAAGAUACCUAACUCAAUCAUACUUGAGUGA